AUGGAAAGACAAGCAAAGGAAAAGGCCGAAGGUCACGAGAAAGAUCCCCAACAAGAACCUGAGGAAGAAGUUAUUAGGGGAGAAGAGGAUGCUAGUUCGUCAGAAGAAGAGGAAGAAAUUACGGAAGACAACGAUUAUAACACUGAGUCGGAGAUAGAACUAAAUGAUAAAGAGUCUUCUGAUUCAGAUAACGAGAGCGAUGGUGAGAGUUUAGAAAGCGAUGAAGAUGAGUAUUUUAUAGCGAAAGAUAACCAAACAAAGUGGUAUAAAAAUUCAGUGGAACAUGCACCCAACUCCCAAACAAUAUCCGCCCCAGAAAACACUACCGAAAAUGCACCAAAUUCUGUUUACUACGGUCAAGAGGCAAAUAGUCCUAUAGCAAACAUUCCACAAAAUCAAUUUAUUUUUCCAGCACAACUACAACAAUUUCCACUACAAUCACAACCAAUGUACCACGUCCAAAACAACCCAUCCACUGCAGAGCAGACCUCAAAAAGACAGAUAAAUCUUGAAAAUAUACAUUCAGAAAACUCAGAUAUUGAGUUUAGCGAAGAAGAAGACAAAUAA